UUGCAUGUCGUUCAUGAAUGAAUCGUUAGUUUGAGGUCGAUGUUCUAUGUGAUAUCAUCGGUGGCUGCAUUCGAAAGUUAGAUUUUGGUAGUUUCGGACGACAUUUUUGUAACGGUUUGAUCAUCAAUAAUUGAUCAUUUCAAGCAUUAAUGGGAAUUGGUGGGAAUAGUGUUAAGAAAAAAAAAAUACAAAUCGCAUUGAAAAAAGCGAAUGUGAAUGCAGUGGAUUUGUGACAGAUCAGAAUGUUGAGAUCAGAUUAUUAUAUCUAAAGAAAGCAAAAAUCGCUUUCGGAGUGAUAACAUAAAUAUUUGUCUGCAACAGACAAGAUUUGAGUUCACCAAGCUAAGCCGCGAGAUAUCCUUGUCGUGUGUUUUCCCUAGUGAACGAAAGAAUCAACCAGUUGGUGGUGAAAUCAUGUUCAACAAAUAGUGUUAGCUGGUUCUGUCGAGAAGUAAAAUACACAAAAAAACCUAUUCUCUUCACAAUACAAACAUCACCGCAAAAAGUGUUCGGGAUUCUGCUUCCGUUUCCGCACUUCAGUCGUCGAAGCUGGCAAAAGAUAGUGCGAGAUUGUGUUCGCUUUUCCCAUCCACCCGGAGAGCUUACAGUUAGCGCGCGGUUGAAGCCAUCAACUUUUCCACCAUCCUUGUAUUACUAGCGAAGCGUGAAUGGAUCAGAUUAAAGCAGCGGUGGCGGAAGCUGAUCCGUUCAGCAGCUGGUGGCCAUUCGUUAUUUCCGGUAUCGUGUUUCUGGUGUCGACAAUCAGAAUGUACAUGGGCGGCCAAACUUGCCCCAAUUCGAACGUUAUCCGGGACCUGGUGGUUGUAGUCACGGGAGCGGACGGGGGCAUCGGCAAGGAACUGUGCAAGGAGCUGGUCCGCCGAUCGGCGCACGUAAUCAUGGCAUGUCGGGAUGUGGAAAAAGGUGAACAGGUUCGACAAUCAAUCAUCCGGGAGCUUCCGGGAGCAUCGCUGGAGCUGCUUCCGCUGGAUCUACGGUCGUUCGAUUGUGUCCGCCGGUUUGUGCGGGAGGUCGAAUCCCGGCAUCGGCAGGUGGACGUACUCAUCAACAACGCGGGCAUCAUUUUUCAUCCGGAAGAACGCACCGUCGAUGGGUUCGAGUCGCAUUUGCAGUGCAAUUAUUUAGGGCAUUUUUUGCUAACUCAGCUACUGCUGCCAUCGCUGGAACGGUCCACCCAAGGGCGGGUAAUUAAUGUGUCCGCUCCCGGUUACACCGCCGGCAAGAUGACCAUCGAAGACCCGCUCAACAUUGGAAGCUGGGCACCAGGCUUUCACGCCCGGGACGCUUUCUCCCACUCGAAGCUGGCCGUGGUGAUGGCCAGCCGGGUCUUGGCCAACAAACUACGAAAGGCAAAAUCCAAAGUCACGGUCAAUUCCUGCAGUCCGGGAUUGGUUCGGGGAACGAAUCACCUGCGCCAUUCGCCUCUCAUGAGGGCACUUUUCGCCCGUGCCGUGACCUACCCGUGGAUGUGGCUGUUCAUGAAGAGUACUUCCCAGGGCUGCCAGACGAUGGUCCGAUUGGCCACGGAUCCGGCAUUAGCGCAAUCCAGCGGGGAAUUUUUCAACGAUUGUGAGCCGGUGGAAUUGUCCGAACUGGCAAGGGACGACCGUUUGGGAGAAAAAUUGUACCAGGAAACGAUGAAAGCGCUCAAGUUGGAUUCGCAGUAAGGAUUUUCUUUCAUAAUAAUCGGAAGUACGAAAAUGAUGUCUUAUUUUAUACAUUACGGUAAGGUUCCUUGCUGCUUGCAGCAGUUGUUCUCGAAGUCGAGUAUAUUGUGAGUUAUAUUGAGCCCGAGUCAGAAUAUUUUAAGUGCUUUUGGAAAUAAUUUGAGUUUUAUAAACCCGGUUUUAUGAGUCUUGCAAAUGAUGGUCCAUGAUAAGAAGGCUCAAUUGCUUGAACCUUAACACAAAGAAGUUGUUUCUGAAUUUAUAUUUGUGUUAUUUUGAUAAAUAAUAAUAAAAUAAGCAUAAUAAAACUGUCUCAAAAUAACUUGA